AUGGAGUGGCCACUGGCCGCGGUCGUCAACGUGGCUGACAUCAACACCAAGCUCACCAAGGCCGGUGGAUCCUUCCUCAUGUAUUUGAUUGGCCUGGUGGAGUAUAACAAUGUGAGCACAGGGUAUGUCCCAGCAGGUGAGGAUGAGUUCAACAUCUACAUGCAGAAGAAGUACAUGGGCCAAAGUAUGAAAACAGUUCGACAAGUCGUUCCGAGCAUUCUGGCCAAUGGCAUGGAUGAGAUCCCGAACCAGAUCUCGAAAUCUUUGGUCAAAGCCAUGACCCUACUAGUCCUUCAACCUGUGGCAAGUGGAGCUCGUGCGGAUGAGCUGAAGCAUCAUGGUCAAGCACUGUGGGUACAUCGAGCUCUUCCUGGAGAUUCCGUACUUUAUGCUUGGGUAUGCCCUCGUGUUCUUCCUGGUGGGAAUGGUGGCUGGAUACUUUGUCAAGAAUGCCAUCGUCUACAAGAUCCAAUUGAAGCAAGUGUUGGAAUGGGCUACCGAGCAAAUUGGGUUUCACAAGCGGGAGAUCGGGCACGAAUUGAGGCAAUUCAGGGUGCUUCCUCCGUGGACUACGCCGAAUCUGGCGAAGAAUGCUUCCGCGAGGUUGAUGGUGGCAUGGCACGCUUCGUGAAGCUGGACAGACGCCGCCGACUGCGGCACGGAUUCGCUGAGAUUGGCGUGAUGAAUGCCUACGCACUUCCAGAUGGAGAAGAAGCAGAAGAAGAAUCAAUGGAGGUGGAUGAAGAAGCCCUACCGCCAGUGGCAGCCGUCUCAGCAGCGAUGGCGCACGGACAAGUUGGAGACGGACCCGGGACUACAUCCAUGUGGAGUCCUACACCCGGGACAAGUUCUAUGCCAAAAGCUGCCAGGUCAGAGUCAGCGACUCGUGAAUACAUGUCGCUUCCUGGCCCACCCCAUUCGGACCAUGAGCUGCCUACGCUGCCUCGUCAAGAUGUGGACUGGGAUGACAUGGACGAAAUUCGGAAACACCUUCCGGUGACUGAGAGGCAAAAAACCCUGCAAAUGCAGGAAGUAGCUUUGUUCGAUGCGGUGACCUUUAAAGAAUAUUUGAAGGUCCAUUUGUCCAGUCUUUACCCAGGACAACCUGACAUGUGCGGGGACUAUCCAGCCUGGUGGACACGCAGUGAGCGACACGGGUUCACAGUCUUUUCAGACAUCCUCAUCCGGGGCAUGUAUUUUCGAAAUUGGGGAACUUUUGUUGAGCAAUGGUUCAUCCAUCAGAGCCUAUCUGGCUGUAGCAGUGGUGGUGGAAUGCCCUGA